CACGAGUUACGAGUCAAAAAGACCUUCAAUGGCUCACCAGUAACAGCGAGCAAGCAAAGCCAAGCUUCAUUCCCUCCAGCGAUCAUGGCGACGCAACCGCUUUCAUCAGAGACUGGUCCGUCGUCUUCCAUUUUCUCCGGCAACUCUCGUAUCCCAGAAGAUACUGUUUUCUUCUCCAUCUUCCCCGAUUCCUCACUUUCCACUUCUUCCACCAUCACAACCGAUAUUUCCUCUUCCCUCCAAACCCUCCACCUCGGAAUCCUCAACUCUAUCUCCCCUUUCACCUCCUCAUACAUCUGGCAACACGAACCUUUCUCCCUCUCCAUUUCCUUUUCCUCUUGCGUAUGCUGCUCCUCUUCUUCUUCUCCUCUCCCGCACCUUCACGGGAAGCUGAGCUUCGGUGACAACCUCGAGGACGAAUGGUUCACUGUCUUCCUUCUCUUUCACGUCUCCAACGCCUUCCCUUCCCUCUCCAUCCGCGUCUGGGACGGAGACGGUGAGUUUCUACUCAUAGAGUCCGCUUUCCACCUCCCUCGUUGGGUAAACCCUGAUAACAGCCGUAACCGCGUCUUCAUUCGUGGUGGUGACCUCCAUAUAAUUCCCAGGCAUCUUCUCCCGGAGCCUACCCUCGUCGAUUCCCUACUAUUCCUCGUUGAGCAUGCCGACAAAUGCCGCGCCUCUGACCCUGUGCAGGCCGCGGUGAAGAAUCGUAUCUCGGAGUACCCGGAGAGAGCCUCGAGGAACAUGCAUUCCGUUAGGGUUAGGGUUCCGGUGUCAGUGGCGUUGGUGUUGAGGCACGAGCCCUGUUUUAUCUCCCUCGCGGUGGAGGGUUUCUACGACAGAGACAUUGAUUCGAUGAGAUUCGCGGCGAGGAUGGAGAGGUUUUUAAGUGAAGGAAAACGCGAGAACUUGGUGCGCGUGACCGUAAGGAUGUCGAGAGCGAUGUAUGCGCAGCUGGUGCAGCAGACGUUUCAGGCGCCCAAGUGCUAUCGUAUGCCGAAUAGGAGUGAUGCAGAGGCAUAUAUGGAGGCCGAAUUAGGGAUGAAGAUUGCUUGCGGGUUGGAGAUGAUUUACCAGCAGAGGAAGAAGGAGGGGGUUGAAGGGAAGGGGAGCACCUGGAGAAAGUACAAGGAGAGCUUGGAGAGGAGUGGGUACUUUGAAGGGUUGAUUCCGGGAUCUAAGGAGUACAAGAGGUUGAUGGAGAAUGCCGAAGAGUAUUACAGGAACAGUUCAUUAUUUUCGAGAACCAGUGAGAUGAUGAGUGCUCCAGUGAAGCGGAUCGAUGAGAUUCUUGCUUUGCCACAUUCAGUUGAUGAUUUUAAGGGUUUGGAAGUUCCGCCCUCUGAUGAUGACUCUUGGCUCUACAAUGGGGAAGAUGAGUUGAACUCUGCUCUCCAAGAGCGGCAGAAGGAGAUGGAACUUUAUAAUGCAAAACUUAAAAAGAAACAGAAGUCAAAAGAGCCACAAGAUGCUGGUACUUCAUCCCACACAAACAUCAAUGAUUUUGACCUUGGAGAAAUAGCAAAAUCCAUGCAGCAGUUUGUCCAGAAGGUGUCAAGCUACAAGGGAGCUGAGGUGCCAGAGGAUAGGAAUCUUGAAGAGGUUGAUCUUGAUGUGGACCGUUUCAUGAAGGACAUGGAAUCCAUAAUGAAGCAACAUGGUCACCAAGACACAGCUGUUGCCCAUGGCGAAGAAGGAUUGUCUUCAGAAAUGGAUUUUGAUGAUUCUGAGGACGAGAGUGAUUUGGGAGAUACUUCUGAGGAUAAUGAUGAUGCGGAGGAUGUCUUCAUGCACUCUUAUUCUGAUGUAAUGAAUGAAGAACUGAAGAACACCACCCUUAAGAAAAGUUUUCUGCGUGCAAGUGAACAAUCUUCCAAGGAAAAUUUGGGAGCAUCUAGUGCCAUGGAUGAAGAUUUUACUCCAGUGGAUGUGGAUUUUAAUCUUGUAAAGGGCCUACUUGAUUCCUUUUCUUCCCAGCAAGGACUACCUGGCCCUACUUCAAAUUUACUUGGGCUUAUGGGCGUGCAACUUCCAAAGGAUGGCAAGAAGAGCAACUGAAAUUUCUCAUAAUGAGCUCAUCCAAUCCUAUAGUUCUUUCCUAAUAUAAAUUUUCUGAUUUUUCCGGUUUUCCUGGUCUCAGGCAAGGAGGAAUCUGGUGAUACCCGGUGGGUUUUAUGAACUAGCAUUCUGCUUGGUGAAUCAGAAUGAAGGAAGAUCUCGCUGCUAACAUUUGUGCUAAAUAUGAUCUGAGUGGGUGUGAAUUUGCGAGCGUAUACAUGUUUGUCCACAUCAACAUGUGUAUUGAGUAAGUUACCAAUCUAACCCACCAGUCUAGAUUUUCAGCUCUAUAAUUGCAGAAGUCAAGGCUGCUAAUGUUGGCUAACUUAUCCGCCAAGUCACCGGAAAAUAGGUUCUAACUUUGUUCUGUGAUCUGGUAGUCUGUUUUAUUACUACAAAGAAGUUGCCCUAUGUGAGGGACAUGGUGGAUAAAUUGUACGACUAUUCUGAAACUUAUCGGUGACGGAGACAGAUCUGGUGGGCUGCUUUCCGAAGUUAUGCAUCAGGAAUGUGAAAUUCGUUUAGUCAUCAAGCUGUAAAAAAAUCUAGGGAGCUAAUCGGUGUCGGAUAAGUUAUCAAUUUAGGAAGUGUUACAUUCAUGAAAGAUCGCAUAUUGUGUUUUGUAUUUUAACUAAAUGACUUUCAUUGCAGGCAUAUCUGUUAAGGAGGAGGUUAAA